AUGUUCACCCCCGGUACUUGCAUCGCAAAAGCCACGCCUCCAGCUUUGUCAGGUGGCAUCACGGGUCAGGCGGUCAAUUUAAAUGUCAUCCCCGAAGACAUCCAUCACCUCAUCAUAACUGAAGUUGCGGGAACAUCUCCCACGGACGUAUUGAAUGUGGCACAUUCAUCAGUCACAUUGCGCGAUGCAGCAUUGCCAUUCAUAUACAGGAAUGUCACUCUGACUAGAGGACUGAAGAAGAGCGAGGAACAAAAAAGAUACCAGGCGCUUGUGGAGACUUUCCGCGAAGAUGAACACGGGCAUAUCGCGAAGCACGUUCGCAGCAUCACAGUCACGAACGACGUGCCUUCGGACGACUUGAUUAUGAUGCUCAACAAAGUUGCGCAGCACGGAAAUUUCCAAUCGCUAAAUUGGAAGACUUCUGCACACAUGUCUCGCGCAGUAUACGACAUGAUUCACGCGACUUGGCCGCAGCUCGAGCUCCGUGUUGUUACCGUGGACCGACAGAACGCGAAGAAUAGUUCUCAUCGACAGAUGGACAUGAGACUCCUAUCGUCCCCUCUACUUACCGAGCUCACGUACGUGGUUUACACCGAGGGCAGCCGUGUUCGAGAGCUCUGGCGCUCUGACUGGCCCCGGCUUUCUCAAGCUUUGGCGGCCGGCGGCAACGUACGAUCUCUUCGGCUACAGAACAGACAAGACUUCGAUGGCUAUGAUGGGCCAAAGAUCGUACCUGAUACUGAACCGAGAAAGUUGCCGCGCCUCGAUCUCGCGUCCGGUUUGCGCUUGCCCCGACUUGAAGAGCUUACGAUCGAAGACGUAAGACACUAUGGAGACUCAAUCUACCUGUGGGACGACGAUUAUUGCCGCAUGUUUCUUGAUUCUAUCGACCCUUCGCGUCUGCGCAAACUUGACUUUGGAAUCGACAACCCCACAAAUUUCUUCAAGAAUUUUGCGGGACUUUUUCCAAAGCUCAAGACGUUGAGUUUUGGAUUGCUAGGGCGCGAGGGUACUCAACAGCCAGCAAGGAUGUUUCUUGAGUCACUUGAUGCGCUUGAGCAUCUUGACGUGUCUCAUUCACAAUAUUGCAUCGAUGAUCUUUGGCCUGCGAUUGAAAAGCAUCGGAAUUCACUAAAGACACUGAUCAUUGGACCUAAGUUUGGGCAGUACAACGGCUUUAAGUACAUGGGCUUGAGCCUACUCGAGACGAUCGCUUCUACGUUUCCAAACCUCGAGCGACUUGGAUGGCACGCUGAAUGCGAUACCAACGCAAGUUCUAACCACUUGACCAUGUAUAUAUGCGCUAACUAUACUUUCCAGAUUGAUGAAAAAGAUCUUGAAGUUCUUUCGAGCAUGAAGCUCACGAAGCUCGAUCUCUACAUCCACAUCCCUGGCAAGGCAACAGACUACUGCGACCAACUGAUAGCUGGACCAAUGGGAACCGCCAAUACUCCACCGCUCGAUGAGGAGCGCUCUGUGGCCGCUGCAAUGAAUAUUGCCGAAGUUAUUUCGGGAUCGCGGCAGAAGGCGCUCCAGUGGCUUACGCUUCAUCUUUCCCGAAUGACAUAUGGAGAUCGUGCCGAUCGAUGGGAGGUGUUUUCGAGGCUACAGAUCAGACGGAACGGUUACACCAGUCGACUGCGCGGACAUGAAUGGGAUGUGCGUGGCAAGAUGGACUGGUAUGGACUUCCUUCGCUGGAGGAAGAUUUGCUGUUUGAGGAAGAAUGA